AUGUUAUUAUAUUUAUUUAUAAUUUUUCAAACUAUACGUUCAAUUUCAUGUGUUAUAACUUGUUCUGUUUGUCCAAUUGAUGCAAAUAGUUUUUAUUAUUUCGUUACAACAGAUCGUUUACCAUAUAGUCUUAAUAAUUGUACAUUACAAACAAUUGGAGAUAAUUGUUUUAUUGAUGUUAUAUGGCAUCGAAAACCAGACAAAACUGAAAUAACAUUAAGCACUAGAGAAAAUCCAAGAACAAUAAACAAUGAACACAAUCUCUUUACUGAUGCUAGUUUGGAAAAUAAAAAUUCUAAUUUCGUAUGGACUAGAUCAAUUUCAUAUACAUGUUCUACUAAUUAUUGUAAUAGUUUAACUGUGUUAAAACGUUUAUUAAAUUCGUUAACAUCGAACGAUAGUUUUAAUGAACUUGAAUAUCUUCUCAAAAUCGAAGAACCGUUUGAUGGUAACUGGUGUUGGUUUGAAAAAAAUAUUACUUCAUUGGAAUGUGCAGCUUCAAUACCACCAGAAUCUUGUAAAGGAUGUUUUUUUCAAGGAAAAAGUCGUGUUAGUUCAAUAGAAAUAUGUGCAAGCUGUUUACAAGAUGAUAUUGGCGAAACAGCCUUAUCACAUGAAGUGGAUUUCAAUAUGACCGAUCGAACACGUACUGAUCAUUGGAUUCUUGAAUGUAAAUCAAGAAAUUGUAAUACAAAAACUAAUGGCAAUCUUAUUCGCCAAAAGAGUACAUCAGAUUUUGAUUUUAUCAAAUUUUUAGAUGAUGCUAAUAAUUCAAAUAUAUUGUCACAUAUGAGCAAAAUAAUGUUGCUUGUUAUUGUUUUUCUUAUCAAACUUUUUAAUUAA